GCGCUGCUGUCGCAGAGCCGGAACCGGCAGCCCCUGGUGCUGGGAGACAACUGCUUCGCUGACCUGGUGGAGAACUGGAUGGACCUGCCCGAGGUGGGCGCCGAACCGCGUCGCAGAGCCCCUGCCGAACCCUCCCGCCGGCUGGCCAAGCCCCCCGCCUUCCUGCUCAGCCUCUCGGGCAAUGUACGCCGUAAGCUGGCCAACAUGGCCCGGCCCCGGGGGGCCGACGGUGCCCGCCCGGGCGGCCGCGAUACCACCAAGCGUUUCUCCUGCCCGCUGGGGCUGGGGGGACAGCCCAAGGGCGCCUGCUUCCAUCAGUCCCACAGCAACAUCGCCCAGCUGGCCACGGACUUUCACCGCUUCACCGCCUUGAUGAACAGCCGCAGCCGCCAGCCCAUCAUCUGCAACGACGUUAUCGGCUACAUUUAGCCCUGCUGCUGCUGCUGCUGCUGCGGCCCGCACCCCCACCCUGUAAAUAAACCCCCGUUUUGUACGGUC